GAUUUGUAUGUAGGGUAGGCGGUAACGGCAUGCAAGCGAAAAUAAUAAAUCAGUCUAUAAUCAGCUGAGGUGGUUUCAUUGUGUGUUCCCUAAUACUUUACAUGGCGCAGCCGGAAAAAAGACUUAUAUAAUGUAAAAUUACGGAUAAAGUGUAAAACUAUGUACGGACUGUAAUAAAAUUGUGUGUCGCUACUUAUUAAUAAAUACGUACUGAGUGAUAGUGAGAAUCGUUUAUCGCUAUAAUGGAGUCAGUGCUGCAGCCGCCAUUGCCGUUCAAAUUCGAGAACAAUCUAGUAAACGUUACAUCGGGAAAUUUAUGUAAAGAAUGGGAAAAAUGGAAAAAAGCUUUUCUAAUUUAUUACGAAGCUUGCGAAAUUUCGAAAAAAUCACAAAAGGUCCAGAUUAAUAUUUUACUUCAUAUAAUAGGUGAUAAAUGCCGCGAGGUAUAUGACCAGUUUUCAGAAGAAUCAAAGACAGUUGAUGAGUUGUUAAAGAAAUUUGACGUAUUUUUUGAACCCAAAAAGAACCUCGCCGUAGAAAGGCACAGAUUCUUCACACGGAACCAGCAGGAAUUUGAAUCUAUUGAACAAUAUGUUUUUGAAUUAAAUGUUAUGGCGGCAAAGUGUGACUUUAAAGAUCUCUGCAGUGACCUUGUGAGGGAUAGGUUAAUAUGUGGUAUUCAGGAGACAACCUUACGAGAACGACUUUUACGAGAAAAUGAUUUGACGCUGCAAAAAGCUAUAGAAAUAUGUAGGCUAGCCGAGAUAUCCCGUGCUCAAGCCGGUCAUAUAAAGCAGGAGAAUGCGGAACAUCAUGUGCAUGAAAUCAACUCCAAACACAAAAUCGCGAUGGAACGCCAAGGUCGUCCGAGCUGUUGUAGACAAGAACAUGAGGAUACAGAUGAGGAUAAGGCGGUGCAUGCGCUCAGCGCCAGAGGGCGCGGGCGGCGCCGUGGAGCGCGGCGAGGCGGGCGCCCCGCGCCGGCGCCGGCGCACGCGGCUCCCGGGCACGACAACCAGCCAGCGCGCGGCAGGUGGCAGCGGUCGUCACAGGUCAACAGGACUGGCGGCCAUAGCUGUUCGAGAUGUGGCUCCACACAUAGAAGAUUCCAGUGUCCGGCAUUUGGUCAGCUGUGUGACAGGUGCCAUGGACGAAAUCACUACUCGAGAAUGUGUCGCGUGUAUGAAAUAAGAGGGGAAUCCACCGAUGAGGAUGGUGAGACCUCCUGAUCGGUGGACCUACCCCGUUCCCGAAUCUCGUCGAAAUUAGAUUAAGUACCUACUUACCAACUAACUUACCUUCCCAGAUUGUAAACAAUAAAAAUAUGAAUGGAUGUUAUAAAUAUAAUACAUAAAUCUCCUUAAUGAACGCACAUUAUAUACA